AGGAGAAGUAUAUUUCAGUCACGAAAUACGUAACCAAUUACUUUUUCAUACGGUUCGUCGACACCUUCCGGUUCAUGGCCUCCUCUCUGUCAACCUUGGCCGGUAACCUAAUGACGCUUGAUUUCGUUAAAUUUCGGGAAACGGCCAAGGUGUUCCGCCCGGAAGACAUGUCGUUGGUGACGCGUAAGAGCGUAUACCCCUACGAGUACACUGAUAGUUGGAUUAAAUUUGACGAAACGGAAUCAUCGCCUCAAGACGCUUUCUAUAAUCAGUUAAGUGAGUCGAAUAUCGAUGAUGAUGACUAUAGACAAGCCACGGAGGUGUGGAACCGUUUCGGCUGCUCAACCCUCGGUGAGUACAGCGACCUAUACCUUAAGAUCGACGUGUUGUUGUUAGCUGAUGUGUUUGAGAACUUCCGCGACAUCUGUAUUUCAACAUACAAUUUGGACCCGGCGCAUUAUUACACCGCGCCUGGUUUUAGCUUCGAUUGUAUGUUGAAAUACACCAGGAUGAAGCUGGAGCUCUUGAACGACUAUGACAUGCUACUGAUGGUGGAACAGGGCAUUCGUGGUUGGUUAGUGCUGGCUGUCAAGCACUAUGCAAAGGCCAACAAUCCUAAGACACCCGAUGACGAUCCGUCAAAACCAGACUCAUGGAUCGUGUAUCAAGACUGCAAUAACCUUUACGGGUGGGCUAUGAGUCAGCCCAUGCCGUACGGUGGCUUCCGGUGGUAUAAAGGAACAGACCCUCUGGCUGACCUCCAAUCGUUGUCGGACACUGGUAAUACGGGGCGUAUAUAUGAAGUGGAUGUUUCGUAUCCACAAGAGCUGCAUGACGAGCACAACGACUUGCCGUUCUUGCCUGGCAACGAUGUACCACCGGGUUCCAAAGAGACCAAACUCAUGGCUACUUUGAAACCCAAACAGCGGUGCACCGCGUUUUAGAGUUUCAACAAAGUGCUUGGUUGAAACCAUACAUUGAGUUGAACACUGAAAUGCGGAAACAGGCGGCAAAUGCUUUUGAAAUAGCAUUUUUCAAACUAAUGAAUAAUGCCGUCUUUGGAAAAACCAUGGAGAACAUGCGGAAGCGUACCCGUAUUGAGCUAAUCUCCAGUUCCAAACGUCUAAGCAAGCUCGUAAACCAACCAACCUUCAACGACUGUAUCAAAUACGGUGAAAGGUUGUGCGCUGUCAUAAUGGACACAAAGAUUGUCAAGUUUAUCAAACCAAUAUACAUCGGUUUAGCAGUGCUUGACAUUAGCAAGACGCUAAUGUACAAGUACUUCUACAACGUAUUAAAACCACAUUUUGGCAACGCAAUCGAAUUGGUUUACAUGGAUACUGACUCCUUCAUAUACCUGCUCAAAGUCGGCGACUUCUACCAGGAUUUAGCUGAUAGCCCCGAUUUACUGGAGCACGUGGACACAUCUAGCCUGCCCAAGGAUCACCCUUGUUACUCCAUCGAUAGAAAGAAGAUACCCGGCCUGUUUUCAGACAAGACCGGUGGCCUCACCCUCUUUGAGAUUGCUGGACUUCGAUCAAAGUGCUACGCAUAUGACAUGGAUGGCAGCGAACUCAACAAGUCUAAGGGGAUUCGCGGGCACGUCGUCAGGAACCAUCUGUCUUUGAAUGAUUACAAACAAUGUUUGUUCGAAGACGAUGGCGAUGGCGAGUCAAAACGAGCAUUGGCUGGAGAGAAUUCCCGUGUGGUCAUCGGAGCUGUACGCGAUGGUGAGACACUACCGACAUUAUCGCUGCCAUACACUCCGUACCGACAGAACGUGUCAAUCCGUUCGUUCGAGCACGAAGUAAGCACUUUACGUACAACCAAGUUGGCGCUUAACCGUUUCAACGAUAAACGCUAUACGCUCGAAAACAGAAUCGACACGUUGGCUCACGGGCAUUAUGCUAUACCACCACCACCACCACCACAGGGAGGUUAAUACAAAUAUAGUAGUAUUUAAGUGAUUCUCGUUGGAAAAAAAAAUAUUGUUAAAAUUAAAUAUUGAAAUCAUAAUUUGUAAAAAAUAUGUGUACUAGUAUAAAUAGUUUUAAGAUUUUUUUUGUUAAAUAAUUGUAAAUAAAUGUUAGUAAUACACAUGUAAUCGUAUAUAGUUUU